AGAACGUUUCUCUGAUUCACGUCCCCCUAACACGCAUCACAACGAAGUGGAGUAAUAGAACAAAUAAAUAUGCUUUCGGACGUUUCUUGGCAUUCCUGUUCGUAGUCUUGGGCGUGCAGUGUGCCCGUGGAACUGGAACUGCUCAAGAUAAACGUGCCAAUAGUUCAAGGCAACGGCAACGAUCGCGAAAGCAAUAGGAGCAGCAGCAACACCAUGUCAGCGUCAAAGACCCAAAAGUUCUACAAAUUGGACAUAAAUCGCACAGAAUGGGAAAUCCCUGAGAUCUACCAGAACCUGCAGCCCGUGGGCUCUGGUGCCUAUGGCCAGGUCUCGAAGGCACUGGUGCGGGGCACCAACAUGCAUGUGGCCAUAAAGAAGUUGGCACGCCCUUUUCAGUCGUCCGUGCAUGCGAAGCGAACGUAUCGCGAGCUGCGACUGCUGAAGCACAUGGAUCAUGACAAUGUAAUCGGGCUGCUGGACAUAUUCCAUCCUCAUCCGGAGAACUCGUCGCUGGAGAGCUUUCAACAGGUAUACCUGGUCACCCAUUUGAUGGAUGCGGAUCUGAACAACAUCAUACGGAUGCAGCACCUGUCCGACGAUCACGUACAAUUCCUGGUCUACCAGAUACUCAGGGGUCUAAAGUACAUUCACAGCGCUGGUGUAAUUCAUCGCGACCUGAAGCCGUCCAACAUUGCAGUCAACGAGGACUGCGAACUGCGCAUUCUGGAUUUCGGGCUGGCUCGUCCGACGGAGAACGAGAUGACUGGCUAUGUGGCCACACGUUGGUAUCGGGCCCCGGAGAUUAUGCUCAACUGGCAGCACUACAACCAGACGGUGGACAUCUGGUCCGUGGGCUGCAUUAUGGCAGAGCUGAUCACGCGACGCACUCUUUUCCCGGGCACCGAUCAUAUUCAUCAGCUCAACCUGAUCAUGGAGAUGCUGGGCACGCCGCCCGAUGACUUCAUGAAGAAGAUCUCAUCGGAGAGUGCUCGCAACUAUAUUUUGUCGCUGCCGCCCAUGAAGAGACGCAGCUUUAAGAAGGUGUUUGAAAACGCCAAUCCGUUGGCCAUCGAUUUGGUGGAGAAAAUGCUGGAGCUGGAUGCUGAGAAGCGCAUCACAGCCGAAGAAGCCUUGGCCCAUCCGUACUUGGAGAAGUACUCGGAGCCUAGCGACGAGCAUACCUCACCGCUGUACGAUCAAAGUUUCGAGGACAUGGAUCUGCCGGUAGACAAGUGGAAGGAACUCAUCUACAAAGAGGUCACCAACUUCAAACCGCCACCGUCUUUUGCUCAGGUUCUACAGGAAAUGAAAUGAUAAUCGAGCAACUGGAAAAGCGCAACCAUCAAGGUCUUUAAGUAUUAUUCAGGAGAGAAUUUCUAUUUUUAUACCCAUACAACAAAGUUGUUUAACUGAUGACUUUUGUACUCAAAAGGCACCAAAAUCUUAAUGUUGACUAAUAUUUUUGUGUUGUAUAUAUGUAUGACAAUUUGUUAUUGCUUGCCACUAAUCUAUAUCUAUUCUUUGUAUUGUAUAUUAAAGGCGUGUUUGAUUUUCGUAAAAGUUGAAUUAUUUCAAGUUGUCACGAAAUUCAACCGCAUAAACGUUA